AUGUCAUCAUCAACGUUCAUCCAACGUUGGACAUCCGUGAACGAUUUGACGACGGCGACGACGACGAAUAGUCACAAUAAAAAGCUGUCAACCCCUUUUUUUCUGCGAUCCACACCUGCACCAUUAUCUCCACCAUUAUUAUCAAAUUUAAAGCUUUCACAAUCAUCGAUCUCACUAGUCGAAUCAACACCCGCUCAUUUAAAAAUUCGAUGUCAACUCUUUGAGAACCGUGUAUUUUCGUCUCGAGUUGCUAAUAUAAUUCGUCAAUUUGAAUCUCAAGCGGCUGCAUCAAUGAAUAAUCAUUCCAAGGUAUCUUCUCCUAUUCGUAGCAUUUUUAUUAAACAAUGGGAAGGUUCAAAAACAAAUGAAAAUUCUUCACGAACUCCGCCUAUUGUGGUCGUUGAAACUGCCUCUCCCAAAACGUUUAGGCCAAAAAAGAAUAACAAUACUAAUAAACCGCAACCAAUUAUUAUUUGUGAAAAAAUAACUAAUCAUAAUCGACCUACUCCACCUCCUGCUAGUCCAAAAAAUACUUUUACAAAAACAGGGUCUCAGCUUAAACAAGUGUCUCAACAUCAACAUCAACAACAAAAGACAGAACAUAUUGAAAGUAAUACUGAUUGUGCCAUGCAUAGAAUAGUUUCAGUAAUUAAUAAUGGUAAUAAUGAGUCUGUAACAUUGUCACGUUCAAGUACAAGUGCAACAACAGAUUCAACUUGUUCAUCGUCAUGUUCAUCAUCAUCGAAUACUCCGUCACCUCCUGGUUUUGCUCGUCCAACUAUAGCUUCAACUCAAAAACAACGUCAGUUUAUUUCUAAUGUAACAUCGUUUAAACGAGCCAAUUCACCUUUCCCACCGAUUACUACAUUCACGCGUACAAUUCCUUCAGUACCAUUGACUAUUCUACCGUUAUGUCCAAUCAAUGAAGAUCUUGAACAGCAACAACCACAAGCAUCUAUAUUAAAAAAUCGUUUUUGCUCAGCCGAUGUUAUUUUAGUUGAUCAAUAUUGUCAAUUAUCGAAUACUGAUAUAAUUCUAUCAGAGACAAGUGUGUCACAAAGUUCAAUAACAGAAAUUAUAGCUAUAAAUACAAAUUUACCAUUAAAAUACAAAAGAGAUUCACUCAUUCGACUUUACGGGCCUGACGUAAUUCAACAGCAUGGUCAUCAUCCAUAUCAUGACGUCGUAUUAGAAGAUGAUGUUGAUCCACCAUUUUCACCACGUAUUGUAGCAGUAAAGAAAAAUAAAUUAGUUACCGAUGAAUAUGAACUUAUGGAAAUUCUUGGAAGAGGAAAAUUUGGUGAAGUUAAAAAAUGUCGUGAAAAAUCAACGCAGCAUUAUCUAGCAGCUAAAUUUAUUCAAAUAAACAAAGAACAAGAUCGUAUUGAAGCAUUAAAUGAAAUUGAAAUAAUGAAAGCCCUACAACAUCCACGUCUUCUUCAACUUUAUGAUGCUUUUGAAACAAAAGGAACUUUUUGUCUUGUAAUGGAAUUAAUUAGUGGUGGAGAAUUAUUUGAACGUGUUAUUGAUGAUGAUUUUAUAUUAACAGAACGUCUUUGUGAAUUAUAUAUGAUGCAAAUAUGUGAAGGCGUCUGUUUUAUGCAUUCAUCAAAUAUAAUUCAUCUUGAUAUGAAGCCAGAAAAUAUUUUAUGUGUUAAUCGAAAUGGUCAUCGAAUUAAGAUUAUUGAUUUUGGUCUUGCUAGAAAAUUUGAUCCCAGUAAACAGUUAAAAGUUUUAUUUGGUACACCUGAAUUUGUAGCACCCGAAGUUAUUAAUUUCGAUAGAGUUGGAUUUGGCACCGAUAUGUGGUCGGUUGGAGUUAUUUGUUAUGUUUUAUUAUCUGGUUUAAGUCCAUUUAUGGGUGAAAAUGAUAAUGAUACAUAUGCUAACAUCAAUCGAGCUAAUUAUGAUUUUGAAGAUGAAUCAUUUACGGACAUAUCUAAAGAAGCGAAAGAUUUUAUUUCAAAAUUACUUGUCAAAGAUAAAGAUAAGCGUCUUUCAGCAAGACAAUGUCUUGUUCAUCCAUGGUUAACACGUCGACCUAAAUUAGUAUCUAUUCCAAGCGAUGAAGAAACAGCCGAAAAGAAACUAUCAACUAAAAAAUUGCGAAGAUUUGUUAUCAGACGACGUUGGCAGAAAGCGGUUAAUGCAUUGCUAGCAUUGCAACGAAUGGGAAUGACGUUGUGA